AUGACGUAUGGUAUCGAUCUUAGCAUUGGUGAUGAUAGCGGGGAGAGCAAAAUUGUGGUGUACCAGUAUAUGACUCAAAGAAUGCAUAGGCUCUUCCAACAGGUGCCUCGAGAAGUAUUGACGCGACAAAUGGUGGAAAGACACCGAGAGGAUGGAGAUGCAAGAAUGAUGCAUGACUACUUUGGUCAUAACUGUACUUGGGGUCCUAAAAAGUUCCUCCAACGUUUGGGUAUGUAUCGACCUAUUUUCUUACGUAUUCUAAGUGAGAUUGUUGUUGCGGAUCCUGCUUUUGAUUUCCAAGUUGAUUGCACCGUAAAACUUGGUCACUCUCCCCACAUGAAGAUGUAUUCCGUAAUGAAAUGUUUGUGUAAAGGUAUAGCCGCUGAUAGCACAGAUGAUUAUGUACGUAUGGGAGCACCAACUGUCUAUAUGUAUGUGAAGAGGUUUACCAGGGUAAUUGUUCGCCGCUUUGGUCCAAGGUACAUGCAACUUCCUACAAGAGAAGACACAAAAAUAUUAUUGGCAGAAAAUGCGGCUAGAGGGUUUCCUGGAAUGCUUGGAAGUGUUGAUUGUAUGCAUUUUCGAUGGAAGAAUUGUCCAACAGCAUGGGAAGGGUCGAACAACGACUUGAACGUCUUGGAUCAAUCUUCACUUUUUGAUAAGAUGGUUAAUGGUUUAGCAGCUCCUUGUAAUUACCGCAUUAAUGGCCACAUCUACGACAAGGGUUACUACUUGGCGGAUAAUAUAUAUCCACGAUUGUCUUGUAUUGUGCAGUCAUUCAAAAAAUUUCUUCCAAAUCAGCCAGCUAAUACGUUGUCUAAUAAAUACCAACAAGCGAAGAGAAAGGAUGUUUAA